AUGUCCUCUCGAGGUCCAAGCUCCUCUCCCGAUGUGCUGGGACCUGCUGGCGAUGCCGAGUAUCUCAUCUCGUCCCCUCCUCCUGAAUUCACCGGUCGCCAAAGCUGGGUUGCGCCGUAUACGUUCCAGACUCCGAAGAGGAAAGAGCGGCAGCCUAGCCGUACUCCCAACACCAACAAGAGUUCGCACACGAUCCGCUUCGAUGACAUCUUGCUGCCGUCAAGCCCCCCCAUGCGGCUAGGCAACCGACAACGAUCGCUGUCUCCAACCAAAGUCCAGUCGGAAAGCAAUCUUAGCCCGUGGAGGAUUCGUGUGACAGUCGAGGCGGAGCAGGAGGACGACGAAAAUCAAGGGGGCAGUCCACGCAAAAGAAUCAAGCCGGCGACAACGACGACAAAGGUGCCUUUGAAGGAUGAGGGAGAUUCGGGCCCAGCCUCGGCGAAAAGAAGAAGAGGCAGGCCUCGAAAGUCCGACAUGCUGGAGCAGAAUGGUACGCCCAGCAAAGGCAGUCCCGGGCGAACGCCCAAACCAAAGGCAUUGAGCGCAACGAAGCGACCACGAGGAAGGCCAAGAAAGAGCCUCCCGAACGAAAGCGUUGCAGAGAGUAUAGAGACUGGAGGUGCGGAGACGAACCAUCAAGAUGGCGGCCUUUUCGACGGUGCGGCCGAUGGAGAUGCCCGUCCUAUCAUGACGAGUGACCAAGAUCCCGUUGAUGAUAACACAAAUACUGGUUCUCUUGACAGGACCAACUUGAACAGGAACUCCCCGGAGGCGCCACACGAGAGAGAGUCCGAGAGACGGGAGCCAUCGUCCAGGAGAGUAACACGCAUAAUCGAAGGGGAUUCAGAGUUGACACCCAUCAAAACGCUGUCUGCAGCCCGAAGGGUUCGUGGGGUCUCUCCGGCGAAUACUCUACAUGCAGGGCACACCCCUCUACCCCGGCGUAUGUACCCAACGCCUACAUCGUCAUCGCUACUGGAUGACGAAAACAUAGAAGGAACAAACCGGCGCUUGCAGCAGAGCCACCAGCAGGAUGAGGAUGUGGCCCCGAUUGCGGAUCCGACGGACGAACACAGGGAGUUUGACUCCAUCAUGGAAAGUGAGGGCUUUAGCAUGGUGUCGUUGGACUCGCUGCCGUCCGCGAAACAACAAGGACUUAGUUCCGUCCUUAGCUCAGCCAAGGGGGCACUCAAGCCAUUCUUUGAGCGACAAACAGCGGGUUCUCUCGACAAAACGAAAUCGAGGACUACCAAUUCUAAUUCCGAUAUUACGCAGGAAUCCACUGCAGCCUCAUCUCGACGUGUCCAAUCUGCAUCAGAGACCUCAAAUGGCGAAUCCUCGUCACCUUCCAAGACAAGGGAGCCACCUCAUAAUAACAAUGUUCUGCAACCUAAGCAGACUCCAGCCGCCGAUAUCGUGUCACCUACAAUCCCGCCAGCACCUGCUCAGCCCAGCCAAGGCACACUGAAAAGAAAAGAACAUUCCCGAGUCUGGUCCGGUGAAGACCUUGAGGGACAAAGGAGGCGUUUGGAAAACUUGUUUAGCGGAUUCGGUGUGGAAACUCAGCGAGAACUUCGAGCCGGACUCAGAUUUGGUGAGCAACUUGUCAGGAGACAAAUGGAAGCCGAGAGAAUGAGACGAGAAAAAGAAACCGCGGAAUCGAGCGAAAAGGGCGUAACUCCUGCGAAGGAAGCGGCGAAUGCAGAGCCGGAGUCACCCGCGCCUCAGACUCGCAGUGACAACUUGGAUGAGACUGACACAAGACCGCUCUCUCAGAUUGAACAACGCGAAGCAGAGUGGCAACGUGAACGAGAGGCGGUCAGUCGUCAGAUCCAGAUGGCAGACUCCAGUCAAGUCAUUGUCAUUGAAAGUGACGCAGAGGGCUCUCAAAGGCUCGGUAGUGAGGUCGUUUCUGGUCCUGACGAGCCAUCCGAGGAAGAGGAAGAAGAAGAGAAAGUAGAGGAAGAGGAAGAAGAAGCGGAAGAGGAUGAGGAUGAGGACGACUACGGGGAUAUAUGGCAGCAGGAAGCGAGGAAUUAUGUAUCGAAUACCGAUCGACGUUCUGAGGCCGACGUCUCUCAGACUAAAGCGAGGGACGGAACACGCUCUUCUCGUGACGAGACUGAGAGUCCUACAAAGAGCAAUCAAGAGAGCUUCUCAAGCGAAGAUCCAGACAAUCUGCUUCCAUAUUCCUGGAGCACACAACGAGGUGAAAUACCUCCGCUGGGAAAGUCUCGGCUUGCAGAGCUGAGGAAAGAAAAGGUCGAUCUCUCUGCUUUGCUGAAGGCACAUGAUACCCCUAACACGAGAAGAUACUACGCCAAUAGCAGUCCUCAAACUGUUGCUAGCCAGUAUUUGCAAUCACCUGGGACUCAUAUGAAGAGCAAACUGGGGCGAAAUAGUGACCACAAUAGCAACCAUGACGAGCGCUCAUCGAUCCGAGGUGUGGACGAUUCUUCACCCAGACGGGACACACAAGCAGCAGAGAAUGAAGACGAGCAUUCGGACCUCUCCUCGGUAGAAUCCAUGUCCCAAGGACAAGAUGGUCAUCUUAGCGAGAGCGAUGAGAUUGUCAGCGAAGACCUUGACAAUGAAGAUCACAAUCUGGAUCCUCAGAAAGAGGCCACACCUGACAAUGCUUCCUCUCACCAGCAGUCUGCGGUCACACCCGAGUCCGCGGCACCGGUCGAACCUGAACAUUCAGCAUCCAAGCCAUCGUGGUUCCGCCGACUCACCAACAGCUUCACCCCGGGUUGGUGGACGAAGACAGGGAGUAAACAGAUGGAGGAGUCUGAGGCUGGCGAUGAUGAGACAUUCGAAGUACACAUCGAUGAGGCUCUCCAAGACUCCACGCCCGUGGCAGACCGCCCACCUCCUAAGAGGUCUCGUGACUCCGAGUCACCCAGGCCUUCUAUCGAAACAGAGCGGGAGCCUAAAAAACGGAAGCAGACGAAAGUGCUGGCAACGUCUGGAUAUUUCACUGAUGACCACUAUGUGGCUCUCAGACGUCUGUAUUCGUUGGCCAAGCGAUCUCCCGAACUUUUCCCUUACUAUCCAACCCCCCGCCGGGAUGACAUGAUUGGCGACUGGCUUUGGACAUCAGACGGCCUUCAUGGCGUUCCUGUCACCGAGAUCCAGUUUGGCAUCAUCGAUCAGUUCAUGCGGGAAUUGUCCGAAGCUGACCGACAGAACGGUGGGACGGGCGAGAUUGGAUGGUCGGAAGACGACCUUCACAAGCGUCUGUUCAGUAUCAUUGUUGGAGAACAGAUCAGAAGGGAGCGGAAAGCGCAGGCCAGAGAGCAAUCACAGCAGUAG